AUGCCUGCCUCGGAGAACAUGCCUAUCAGCUUCACUUUCGGAGAGGAGAUGCUGGAGCAGGAGUCUGAACCGCAGGGCUACACUUUUCAGCCCUCGGGCAAGCGGGAAACAAAAUGCGACAGACGCAGACGGUUCCCAGAGACCCGACGCGACAGGCGCCUACUGUUCCAGGAGUUCCGGGCGCAGGCCCUCCAGGGCGAGAUUCACGAACGCUACGCGCCGCUCCGGUCAUCACCACUCCGCAACGAGAUCCGCCGGGCGGAUCUGCCAGACCCUGCCGCCCCGGGAACCGUUGAGGCGGCCGACAACCCGCAGUCGGACAGCAUGGAGGGCUCGACCUCGUCAGCGACAACACCGGGCCGGGAACGCCGCUGCGAAUACAGGUUUGGUCAGGAGGCCUGUGGGACUUACAUCGCUUCAACGGAGGACGUGUAUUACCCGCCGUCCCUCCGAGAUCUCGGUUCCACGUGCGCCUCGGCGGCUCGCUGGCGCUGGGGCCGUGCCGCAGCCACUCCGGCCGUUGGUGACAGGAAGGGAGGCCCGCAAUGUAGCCGUCCCCGCGUGGCACCAAUCAGCACUGGUGGCUAUGCCAGACCCAGAGUGGAUGUUUGCGCUGAGGUUGAUGAUGGAGACAAUGGUGGUGGCUGGCCCACGCAGAUUCACCGAACAGAAGCGCGGACGGUGCAGCCCGCAUUACCGGCGGUGCGGUUGAUUAGUGUCAUGAGCCAGGACUGGGGGAUGUGUGCUCAUUUGUUUGAAGUUUGA